UUGACCAGGGGCAGCAGACAGCUGACGCGGGUUCACAGCAACAGGUGGUCCCUGCUGACCAGAAGUUAGGACCUGCAGAGGGACAACAAACAGGGUUCAUGUUCCCGAAUGCUUGGCUGAACUGAUCUGGACUUAUUUUUGUCUUUUUCAUUUAGCUCAAAUUUAAAUAUAAGGAAUCUGCUGGCUGAUAAUCAGGCUGGAUGUUAUUCACUGGAUCUUAACUUUCAAAUAUCCAGCUUUCAAAGGAGUUGCUGCUCACAGUCCACGUCCUGCAUGCACAGCCUGGUUUGUCAACUUCAACACAUGCAUCAGAACAUCCCCCAGCAUGCCUUCACUCCUGUCCUGCACCAAUCCUCGACCAUCCUGCCGACUCCAACACCGAUGGGAGCUCAGGACAGAAAUUUUAACACAAACCUGCCUGGACAAACAGUGAGGACCUUCUUUGCUCCCAUCAGAGCCUCUCACAAAGCAACACAAAGAAUCUUUAACUCAAGAAUACGAGGGAGAUGGGGUGCACUGCAUGUGUGUAUUGCUUGGAAGAUUUACUACCACAAACAACUCAAGAAAAUGCGACAAAUGCACAGCAGUCAACAGGAUCUGACACCUGAGUGUCCUGCUACCAGUCUCUCUACCUCUAUUCAACAAAAGCCCUGCGCUUACCCAUAUUUAGACUCUUCAUCUGGAUCCUCUGCAUGUGGAAGCAAGAGUGAAAGUGGAAAAACAGUUGCAAAUACAGGUCGGAACACAAGUUCUCUCUCCGACCUUCACACACCUUCACCAGUGCCUUCUCACAGCUGUGCAAACGAGAGGGAGAAACCUGACUGUGAGGAGCAGGACCAGCACUCGACACCUGAUGAGAAGGAGAAACACCAGAUCUGCCAAUCUAGCCCAACAAACGAUUCGCCUCAUAAAGACAAGUUCAGGGAACUAAAAGUCACUGCAGAUCUUGACGGCAGACGCUGCAGCUCACUUAGCAGGAAGAGGCGCCUUGAGUGUGAAGGCAUCAACAAAGCAAAGAGAAUGAAGCAGGAAACUUUAGAAAGUCCGUUUGGUUCUUCUCAGACUUUGCAUUACGAUCCACCUCCAUUCAUCACAACUCGUACACAUCUAUUGUCACACAACAUGCAAAUGCAGCAUACUAACAUAAGUGAUUUAUCGUUCCUGUAUCCUAACAGCAUUAGAUUUAAUGUCUCUUAUCCAGGCACCAAGCUGCAUCCCUGCCAAACUGCUUCAUGGGAGACAAUGAGAAACACACAUGCUCUCCACUUUAGGAAAUAUGCCCUUAAAGAUUAUUCACAGAAUACCUGCAAAGCAAUCAGGAAGCCUCUUGCAGCGAGAGGUUUUACACCACCUCCUUAUUUUCUUCAAGGGAGGGAGAUACUUACAUCAAGAGAAGUGCCAACACCACUCCAGAUGUCAGCUGCCUCACACUGGCUUUCUACCAGCGCAGUACUGGGACCCUGAGGCGCCACAGUCUUAUAAAGGAGAGCUCACAUUCUCCUAACAUCUCUCACUUCAGUUCAGUUUUAUUUAUAUGGAGCGCAAUCAAAACGAAGUUAAAGAUAUGUAUUAGUGGCUUAUAAACACAUGGAGAAUAUUUUUAAGGGAGGUCUCCCAGUAAUCCGAGCCUACAGCAUCACAGCCAAGGGAUUAAUCCAGCUCUAAAUAUAAGCUUUAUUUAAAAACAACGUUUUAAUCUAAUCUUAAAAGUAGAGCAAGUUUCUGUUUCCCCAACCCAAACUGGAAGCUGGUUCCACAUGAGAUGUUCUACACAAGUACACCUGUACCCAAAGAGCUCUAUUAGGACAUCAUAUUAUAUUUACAGUGUUUGUCUUGUUUACUGGUCAUUUAGCUUGGAACAUCAUUUCAGUGUUACUACAUAAAGUGCAUUUCUCAUAUUUUCAGUGUAAACAGAUUCAUAUUCAUGUGCUAAUUUUUUAAAAAUUGGGCUCAGGUAAACAAAGUGGAAUAUGAACUGGUCGGGUAGUAUUGAUGCUUAAAUUUGAGUAAAUGAAAUGUUUGUUAACCUGCAAACAUAAAAAAAUAACUGCAGAUGCAUUAAAAUGAAUUUAUGGAGAUUCUUUCUGUGAGGCUGCAUUAUGCACAUAAGCUUUGAGCUAAAUGCUAACAUGAGCGCGUUAGAAAGAUCGCAAUGACAAAUGCUGACAUGUUGAAGUUAAGCAGGUAUGAUGUUAAUCUCAUGUUCAAGUUGAUGCAACUACCAUUUGGUGAUAAAUCAGAUUGAUUGCAUGUAAAUUUUGACCUGAUGGUGGAACUAUGUGCAAAGUCAUGUGAAUCUAUCAAGUACUAAUUAAACAACAUCAAUAC